GUGGAUUGAUGGGAGCCUUUUUUGAGCUGGGAUUAUCGGAUUUAAUGAUGUUACGCGACAACGACAACCACACACCUACUUUUUACCUACCCACCGACUACCUACACUUUCAACUUACAACUACAUACCUACCUCUCGAAACGACGUUACGGUUUAUGACCUUUGGAUUUCAGCGUUGCGUUUUGCGGGUUUUGUUUGUUGGAAGUGGAGGAGGGUGGUGGGUCGAUGGUGAGACGGUGGUAUGCGGGUUGGAUUUUCUUCACUGGGGACGGGCAGAGGCAUUGCACGCAUGAAGUUGAGUUGAGGGGGUGAAAGAGGAGGAGAGGAGAGCAAGUGUGGUGUAUGAUUAUGGCGGGAAGAGAUGCAGACACAACAAUAUUGGCGAGGAAGACGAGGAGAGGAGAGGAGAGCUGACAACCGGGGACGACGACUUUUAGUGAUGUGGUACUUGAUUCAUGUAUAUGAUACCUUUGGAGUUUUAUUUCUUUUGUCGACCGCACUUUUUCCUUUGUUAUCUCUUUUGUUUAUCUCUUUUGUUUAUCAUGUUUACUUGUAUUGUUUUUCAUAUGUUUCAGAGAGGAGGAGGAGGAGGGAUGCAUGGAAACGUGAGAUGAGCGAAGAUUAAUAUUUGUUUUACUGUGGAUAGUGGAUGAUGGG